UGGUGAAAUGUUAGUUUUUGCCGUGGGAAAAGUGAACAAGAAAUUCGCCACCUCUUUCUUAUUCUGUGUUUCCCCUUCCCCACUUCCCCCGCUAAUUUGUAAAAACCUCCAUAUCUCUCUCCAUCUCUCUCCAUCUCUCUCUCUCUCUCUCUCUCUUAAGGCAUCGUUCCCUCCAAAUCUUUGCAGAUCGAGUCCACUCGCAGAUUCCCCACAGACCCAUCUUCUAUUCAUCAGAAUGGUUGCGACAGCUUUUCGCCAUCCUGUUGGAAUUUUUCACCUCCAUUGUUCAGUUGGUGAGACUGGCUCUGCCAGAAAUUGUAGGCAGUCAUCUUUCAGAUUUAUCUCUAAAAAUUUUGAGGUCGAUGUUCGCCUGCUUAGAAAAGAACAUUGUAGCUCUAGACAGUGUAAGCUGCACGUAGUUUGUUCAUCGUCUUCCCAAGCUUCGACAACUGAUCCAAUUUUGUCUACCUCGCAAGGUGAAAGUUCUUUGGUCUUAAUUCGUCAUGGCGAAUCUUUGUGGAAUGAGAAGAACUUGUUCACCGGUUGUGUUGAUGUGCCUUUAACCAAGAGAGGUGUUGAUGAAGCAAUAGAAGCUGGUAAGAGAAUUAGCAACAUCCCUGUAGAUAUGAUUUACACAUCUUCGCUAAUUCGUGCACAGAUGACGGCUAUGCUUGCCAUGACUCAACACCGCCGGAAGAAGGUGCCAAUCAUUGUGCAUAACGAGAGUAGACAGGCGGAAACAUGGAGUCAAAUUUACAGUGGAGAUACUAAAAAGCAAUCAAUUCCAGUUAUAACUGCUUGGCAAUUAAACGAAAGAAUGUAUGGUGAAUUACAAGGUCUUAAUAAGCUGGAGACAUCUGAGAGAUAUGGAAAAGAGAAAGUGCAUGAGUGGCGUCGGAGUUAUGAUAUUCCUCCUCCCAGUGGUGAGAGUUUGGAAAUGUGUUCUCAAAGAGCUGUAGCCUAUUUUAGAGAACAGAUUGAACCACAACUACAAUCUGGAAAGAACGUUCUGGUUGCUGCCCACGGAAAUUCAUUGAGGUCUAUUAUUAUGUAUCUCGAGAGACUAACUUCUCAAGAGGUUAUUAGGUUAGAGUUAUCAACCGGAGUACCACUGCUCUAUAUCUAUAAGGAGGGAGAGUUUAUGAGGAGGGGAAGUCCAGUUGGACCUACAGAACCUGGUGUGUAUGCACAUACUAAGGGGCCUUCGAGGAAUUGGAGUAGUGUGUUCAUUCAAACAAUCCCGAACAAUCAGAGAGUUUAGCACUUUACAGGCAAGAAUUGGAUAAAAGGUUGCCUUGAACUCUAUAAAAGCAGGGGACGACCAUUUUUUACCUGUUCGGGCUUUUCCGGAGUUUAUUUCUAAGCUGCAGAUCUGCGGCCGCUAACUAAAAUGCAACACAGAGUUGUAGAACACAGGCCUAACAUUGAAAAUUUUUAGACAAACCAGAUAAACAGAUCAUAUGUAUACCAUUGAAGCUUGAAACUUAUAUACUCGAAUGUCGCGUGUUGAAAAGGGUCACAAGGGACAUGUAAUUGCUAGUAUUUCUGAAGUUUUAGGCAGUGGUUGACAACUUGGGCAUACAUGAAUUUGAAUCGCCUCUGAACCUUGGUUGAAUAGCAUGAUUAUCCACCUUGGCCUCACUGGGCUGACGGUUGGACGGGGUAACCUAUAUUUUUGAGUUCUUACGUUUAAUUUCCAGAAGUGGAAGAGGAGCAAUUUUCGUUUUAUGUAUAUUUUAUUUUUGAGUAAAUUACAAAAAACUAUCUCAACUAUAGAUGGCAGCACAAUCUUAUACGUUAUGUUUUAAACAUUGUAAUGUCAUACCUCAACUUAUGAAAUC